UAGAUGUGGAUGGUGCAGCGGGGUUGCGCAGCAAUCCACUAACGUUGUAACGUUAGGGAGGAGGAGAGAGGGAAAAAAAACCUCUCGGUCUGACCAAUAAGGCGCAUAUUGCAGUUUUACCUUUUGCACAUGUCCGAUGUCGUCAUUGGGAAACCACUAUCCACUAACCACUGCCUCGCAUCGCGUCCCUGACUAAAAUGGAUAGGCACAAGCUGGGAGUCUGGACUGAUGCGGCAACAUCAUCAUUAAAGCAACUUGAUGGAGAAAACUAGAAGAAUCCCUUUAAGAUGACACGCACAGACCCACCUGACAUACUGGUAUCAACUGUUUAUCAAGAUAUAAAAGUGAUCCCCAUUUCUUCGAACUACAGGUCCUUGCAACCCUCCAAACAAUGUGAUUCCAUAAAUUACAGCACACUGGAGGACAGUAAGAGCAAAGUCAAUAAGAGGCACUGUCGUACCUUCGACUAUAAGUCAUUGGAGUACCCCAAAUUACACAAAUACUCAAUGGAGUCCCCAUACAGGAAGGCUGAUAGGCAGGCCGCCAACCAGGAUGUGGCCUGGAAUGCCUUGGGCCGUCAGCAAAGAUACCGGUUUUCUGCUCCAGACAUUUUCAGCCACAGGUUGACUCCUCAACCAGUGGCUACAGAUAUGGCCAGUGAAGCAGUUGUCCCUGAACAAAAAAGAAGGACUAGGUCAAAAAGUGCCCCUCGGGUCCAGACCAACCUCACCCCUGUGUCUUUUGAAGGGUCCUCAUCUUCUGGGAGAAAGGGCAGAGAGUCCCAAAGGGCUCAGAGAGACUCUCGCUGGAGACCAGAAGUAUCACCACGUAGGGAGUCUUCCUAUGCUGCAGCUAGGGCUCAUAUGCCAGAAGUACAUCCUAUAAAGUUGCAGCCACAAAUGAGUGACAGCAGUAGAUAUUCCCCUCACUACGCUGCUGAUAAUUUUGAGGAUGGAGGUCUGGAUAAACCAGCAACUAGUCCUCACGUCAGGUGUCGGGUGGACAUCAAACCUGAUGAUGCAGCUUUACAUCAUUCAGGACAGAAACAGGCUACACCUCACAUGGACAUACCGUGGCAGAGGCACCGCAGCGGGGGGAAUAGGAGUCUGACUGUGCCACGCCAUUUCUCCUACUCUAGAACACCGACUCCCACUGACUCAUUAGGCACAGAGAGUAGACAAGCUUAUCAAUAUUCCCGCAGCAUGCCAAAUAGUUAUUUACAACCUAUGGAGAUUCCCUUGCAAAGAAUGCCUUCAUCAGGUGAUUACUAUGGUAGGGAACGCAGAGCUCAUUCCAGUCCUAAUGUGCCAACCAAGUUCUUUUAUGCAGAUGACCCAGGGAGAUAUGUUACAACUGCUCCACCACAACCAAGUUCUUACUUUCAUGAUGAACGUUACACACCAGGACAAGCAUACACUCCAAAAGUGCAAUAUGUGCAAGAUCCAAGGACUCGAAUGGUACAUGCUGUAGCUACAAGACCAUAUUAUUCUGAGAUGGAGACUUAUCCAUAUUCUGUGCAGACAGGGUAUCCCAAACCCUAUGCAGCAAACGAACCAGGUCCAUACAUCAUACAGACACCACCAACAAGAAUAUUUUAUGGGGAUGAUCCAAGGUCUUAUCAAAUUCAAACUGCUCCGCCACGGUUUUAUUAUUCCAGUGACAUGUAUGCGAUGCCACCAGAGCACCAUGUCCCAGCAAGAGCAUAUUACACAGAGGGCCGAAGACAUGCUAGAGUUGUUCAGGCACAAACAGAUGACUGGUAUGGCUCAGAUGCAUCCGGUUACUCCACCAAUCCUGCCUCUUACGUAUCCCAAGUCACUCCAACCAGAGUUCGGCAGGAGCCUGUGUUAACUCCAUGGUAUGCCAACCCGUGUGUAGAACCCCAAAGAAUUGGCACAGACUCAAAGUCAUACUCAAGGUCUUGGGAUAAUAUUCUCAACUCACGUGUGGAGAGGGAACAACCACUUCCUGUACAGCGAGGUCAGAGCUACGAUGAUCUCCUUGACUCAAGGAGACCUGCCACAGCCACAGAAGACAAACCACAACCAGUGGUAGUCAAUCUCUCUAGCUCGCCAAGACGCUAUGCAGCCUUAUCAAUGUCUGAUAACUCACUGAUUGACAAAAGUCCAACUGAGACAUCAAAGAGCAUUGCUAGUAAACUCUGGUUUGUCACUCCUGAGAUAACAAUCACCGACAAUGACAUUCGGCCAGGAAACCUUAAUAAGACUGAAGGAAGGUCUGCCAGUUGGGACAUUCUUGACUCCAGAAGCACUGAGGGUGCAGAAAUGUCACAGCGAGACUUUGAAAGCUCGACCAAAGAGAAGACACAUGACAAUGCUUCACUUCAGCAAAGCCUUGAACAGCUUGAUGAGCUUCUGGCUGAUCUUGUGACUGACUACAAGCCACCCAGUAGAAGGGCAAGUGAGGAUAUUCUGGAUCAACUAAAGAAAUUAAUUGAUGAGGAAGAAGCAGUAUCUCUUUCCAGAAAGAGCUCAAAGGCAGGUACAGAGGAACCAGCUCCUCUAGACAAGCAGCCAACCUCAAUCAGAAUGAAUCCUGAUGCUUUUCGAGAUAUGGAUGGAGCUAGCGAUGCAAUGAAAAGUGCAGAUGAGUGCUCCCCAGAUCAGAGCCCAGAUGAGGACGAUACAAUGAUGUGCUCUAACAACAAAUGUCGAAGGACAGAGACCCUGUUCAAUGCUUGCCUAUAUUUUAAAUCUUGUCACAGUUGUUACACCUACUACUGCUCUCGGAACUGUCGCAGGGAGGACUGGGACAUUCAUAAAGAAAGCUGCUUGUAUGGAAGAAUUGGUAGCACAUGCCGUCACAUCAUCAAACACUGCCGGGAGACUGUUGAAGUCCACAAAGCCUUCUCCCGUAUUGCCAAAGUUGGCUACCUUUCUCGAGGUAGAGGUGUUCUCUUUCUUGGCUUUCCAAACCCUGCAUCAUCCAGCAGCUUCCUACAGUAUGGCCUGGAUAGUUUACUUAUGUCUCCUACCUACCUGUCCCUCAGAGAGCUUGAAAGCUUCAAGGACAACCUAGGGGAGUACUGUAAAGAGCUGCAAGAAGCUGGCAAAGAGUAUGACCCAAACGAAUGUUUCAUCUUGAAUGUAUCUAUUGCUGUUGGUGACCAAUUGCCUGAUGGGCCUUCACCAAGGAACCAAGCUCCAACUGUCAGAAAAUAUGCAAAGGUAGCACUGGCUUCCUUCAGCCCAGAGAGAAAGGUUCACAAGAAAGAGAGUGAUAUGGAAACGCUGAUCCUUACUCCACCACCAGGAACAGCAGAUAUUGACAAAGAAGGAGAGGAAGGUCGAAAGGCCAGAGAAAUAUGUUUUAUCAAUAUACAACGAGAAUUAAGGAUUCGAGGGGUUUUCCUACGGCAUGAAUAUCCACAGGUAUAUCAGCAGCUCUGUGAGUUUGUGGAAAGUAACAGAAGGUUCACACCCACAACUAUUUAUCCUAUUGAUAAGAGGACCGGAAAACAGUUUAUGUGCAUGAUUAUGGCGGCCUCAGAGCCCAGGACGUUGGACUGGGUAGGCACACCACAUCUUCUUGAUGACAUUAUUUAAGUGCACCUUUUGUUGUAAAUAUAUAUGUAUAGAAAUACAUAUAUAUUGUUACACAUAUUUAUAAAUCAAUCCAAUUAAACACAUUUGUAGAUAAGUAUUUUGUUAGCAAAAUAAUAUAUAUUCAUGUCGGCUUGGUCAGUAUUAUUCUUUAUCAGAAUAUUUCCUGUCAGGUGCAGAAUGAGUACAAUACAUUAUUUAUUUGAAUGUUUUUAGUACAAAGAACAUACUUUUUAUCAACCAUAAGUCAUUUAUCUAUAUCCUGGUCAUGUACUGUUACAACACAUUCCUUUUGGUAGAGAGUACCAACAAACUGACAUUCUGGUAUUUUUUCAGAUUAUUAGCAAGUACUGUAUGUCUUUAAAACUCUUAAAAUGAGUGUCCAUUUCUCAAAGUGAGUACAACAUGACUAUUUUCAUAUGUGACUUAAAUGGUAUAUCAUGCAGAAAAUAUGAAACAUUAUUUUCUUAGCUACGUAAAUACUUUCUAUGCAAAUUUGUUUAAUGAGUUAAGUACCACAUUCCUGCAGAAAGAGUAGUUUCUGUUAUAUUAUAUUAUAUUAUAUUAUAUUAUAUUAUAUUAUAUUAUAUUAUAUUAUAUUAUAUUAUUGAUCUGUAAAAUACAUCACAGAUGAUAAGAUAAAAUGAAACUUUUGAUGGCGAUGUAAAUCUUUAUAUCAUAAGACAACAUGAAGACAAAAAAAGAGAAAGUUGUGCUACUUGAAAGAUCACUUAAAAAAAUAGGCACACAUCUUACUAGGACAGGAGAUUUCUUCCUCCUGGACAACCUUCCUAUGGUCUAGUCUCAUAGGAUACUUUGGAGAAAGGCUCAGUUAUGGUCUGUCCGGUUUUGCGCUGGAGAGUGGACCAGUUUGGACUUGAAAGUAACUUUCAAGAUGGAUUAUGAAAUGGUGCCAGUUACCAGCUGCACUUAAGGUGUGGCUCAGUACUGUUCAGUUCAACACUGUGAAUAGUGAGAGUUAUCUAAUACAAAAAUAAAACUUGGUACAUAACAAACAAAUCAUGCAAUUUCCUAUAAAACUGAAGUUGAUGAGUUGUAUUUUUAGAUAUAUUUACAAAUAAAACUAUAUGAAUUAGCAGCAGGAGUUAUUGUCCUUAGAACAAGGUGAGCCAGAUUUGGCACAGUAGCUAUAUGGUACAUAAAUGCUUCAAAUGCUUGUGUUUGUGCUGCGCUAGGUUUAUUACACGUGUGACUUAUACUGCUGUUUUUGGUUUUGUCAGAUUAGAUACAUUGCUUAUUGGUUCCAAAAGUUUUUGAAACAUUUAUUAAUGCAACAUAUUGCCUCAUUCUUUUAUCAAAUACAGUACAUUUCUUGACCUUGUUUUUGUAGCAUUCCAAAUCUCAAAUGUCCUGCCAGUAUACUGAUAAAAAUGUCAAACUUACAGUUGAGUUUUAAAAAUGAAAAUGAGCCUAACGUGAAUAUAUUGGAAUGCUAAUAUCCCAAGUAUUUAAAAAUGGUUCCACUGACCUCCCCUGACAACUGGACAAGAAAUUUAUGACUCAGUUCCAGUAAAGGUUGAAUAAGCUGUUCUCUUCCAGUCAUUAUCCAGUAAUCAUUCCUCUAUUUCAAUUCUUCCCUCAUCAUAUCAACUUUCCUUAAAGUUUUUAAGACGAAGUACAAUAAAACUUGAAGCACAUAGUGUAUAUUUGUUUCACUGAGUUAUAAUUGUUUGACUGACAGGACGUGCUGUACAGAUUCAGUGAAAACCCGCUGGCUGCAUGUGAUUCUGUUUUCUAUUUUAACAUGACAUUGAUGAUAGUAACUUGCUUGAUGAAUGGACUUGUGAAAGUGAAAACUACUAUGCUGUGUAAGAAAAAAAAUAUAUGAAUUUUUCCAUUUUUGUCAUUCAAGUCAAAAUAAUGUGUCAAAGGCUAUGAAGACGAGACCUCACUAAAAUGUCUAGAAAAUCCUGUAAUCUUGUAUUUUUUAUACUUUCAACAUAUGUGUCUGUGUCUAUUUAUAAAUCAUAUCUAAUAAAUGGAAUGAGAACUAC